UUUGCACCACUUGCAGCUGGGCAGCUCAGGACACGGGGGGAAUAAAUGGUUUAGGGUCAUAUAUCUGCGCCGUGGCUCAGUGCCUGCGCACUGAAUUUAGGCGUCUUUUAUUCAGAGAUGGAGGGCACUAAAUUUCCAUCCUGAUUUGCAUUGAGGACCCUCAAAUCCCACUUGAACGUUUGUUAUUUUACCCCGUCAAUCCUAUCACCUAAUUCCCAAGCAACUUACCCUGCCGGCUGCGGGCUCCCAAUGCCACGUUCUUCUCGGCUCGCAGAGGACUGACCUGCUGAGCUGGGGACCUGGUACGCGUGCAGAGAAGGAUCUCACCUGUGUGAAAUCCAGAGGGAAGCGCAGAGCAGCCUGCUUCACGAGCGGAGAAGGUCUGUCUGCAAGAGUAAAGAGAGUCCGAUUCCCUCUUGCGUCGGGCAGCAAGUCCCAGCCUGGCCAGUGCAGAAGGGAUUGACUGGGAUUCCGUAGCAGGCACCAGAUCAACAACGGAUGAAGAGCUUCUGAGAGAGGAGAGGGAGGAAGGCUUGCAGCAAAGCCCUCCCAGCUCGCUCAAGUGCCGGAGGUGAGCGCCGGCUCUUUGUGAGCGGCAGGCUGCAAAGAGAGAAAAGUGGGGUGGGAGGCAAGAGCGGUGGGGAAAAAAGCAGACGCCACACUGUCAGCAGGAGAUUUGGAAAGGAGUCAGAGCUUCAAGCACUUUUCCUUGUGCCGGGUCGUCUGGCUGGGUGUGAGAGCUGGGAGGAUGGCAGUUGGUGCUUCUGAGAUGUCAGUGGAGCCGUGAAAAGGGUUUUUGGAUGCUGAUGGGGGCUUGAACAGCUGUGGAACCUCUCAAGUGCCUGCAACAAAAGGGAACCCAUGGAUGGUUUUUACUCCUCCGCAGAAGGAGAUGGGCAGGAUGUGAUCAAUGACACCAGCAGCAGGAAGAGCUGGGCAGAGGAAAGCAACUCCAAGUUGCCCUUCCGCGUGGUGACAGCUGCCUUGCUUUUCCUUCUCAUCCUCUCCACGCUGCUGGGCAACACCCUGGUGUGUGUGGCUGUGGUCAAGUUCCGACACUUGCGCUCGAAGGUCACCAAUUUCUUCGUUAUCUCCUUGGCAGUGUCCGACCUCUUUGUGGCUGUACUGGUGAUGCCCUGGAAGGCUGCCACCGAGGUGGCGGGGUUCUGGCCCUUUGGGGCCUUCUGUGAUGUUUGGGUGGCUUUCGAUAUCAUGUGCUCCACCGCCUCUAUCCUCAAUUUGUGCAUCAUCAGCAUGGACCGUUACUGGGCCAUUUCCAACCCCUUCUGCUAUGAGAGGAAGAUGACGCAGCGCGUGGCUUUCACCAUGAUCGGAGCGGCUUGGUUACUGUCCCUCUUGAUUUCCUUCAUCCCUGUGCAGCUGAAGUGGCACAAGGAUCGUGAGCUCUUUAGCCAACAGGAGCCAGGUUUUAACGUCACUGGGGAGGAGGAGAACUGUGAUUCCAGCCUCAACCGGACUUACGCCAUCUCAUCUUCUCUCAUUAGUUUCUACAUCCCUGUUGCCAUCAUGAUUGUGACGUACACCUGCAUCUUCCGCAUUGCCCAGCGGCAGAUCCGCAGGAUCUCCUCCCUGGAGAGGGCGGUGGAACAUGCCCAAAACUGCCACAGCAGCGACUGCCCUCACGAGGCCUCCCUGAAGAACUCCUUCAAGAAGGAGACCAAGGUCCUCAAGACCCUCUCCAUCAUCAUGGGUGUCUUUGUCUUCUGCUGGCUGCCCUUCUUCGUGCUCAACUGCAUGGUGCCCUUCUGUAAUCUUGACCUACAUGAGCCAGGAGAGCUACCUUGUGUCAGCAAGACUGUCUUCAACAUCUUCGUCUGGUUCGGGUGGGCCAACUCUUCCCUCAAUCCCAUCAUCUAUGCUUUCAACGCAGACUUCCGGAGAGCUUUUGCAACCAUCUUGGGCUGUGGCUGCCUUUGCCCCAGCAAUGCAGUGGAGACAGUGAACUUCAGCAAUGAGCUGGUCUCCUACCACCACGACACCACGUAUCAGAAGGACGUGGUGACGCUCAGCUACCCCCAGCUUCUCCCCCAUGCUGCUCUGCAGACGGAAAGCCACGAGGCGUCCUUUGACAAGGUUUCUCAGGUCUCUCAGCCCUCUCGCAACGCCUGCCCUGCGGAUGCCUUGCCUGCGGUGAUGCACGUGGAGCGCAAAACGGCUGUCUCCCUAGAGAAGAUCACGCCUUUCACCAGCAAUGCGUUCGACUGAGACAGGGUCGGGAAAAGGGUGGUGGGGUGGUCUCAGGGAGAGACGGAAGCAGGGACACUAUUGCAGUUGCCUGUUUUCUGAGGAGUUUGAGGAUAACGUGCAUAUUGUACUUUCUGUCUGGGCAGGAGUUUACAUUAAUAAGCGUGGAAUAGCCAGAGUGAUUUUCCAGAUGGCUCAAGGGCUUCAGAUACGUGGGUUUUGUAACUCUCGGUUUCAGAUCCAGCCCGGGUGGGCAGUAGGGGUCUGUGUCGCUGCUCUCUCUAGCUGACCCAUGGAAAAAUGCUUUCUGCAAAAGACGAAAAUGCAAGGGCUUGAAUUCCACUUUCCUUGUGACUUCAGCUGAGAAUGCAAAGACUUGUGUGGUCUGCUGAGCCUCUCCUCUGUAGCCCAUAAAGUAAAAACGCAGCUGUGCUGGUGGGGAGGGAGGCUGGCUUUGCCACUGCCCGUGUCCAAAGGGCCAUCAGCCUUGGGCUGCUCAACGGGCACAAGCCAAGUGGCAAACAAUACUUGGUGAUAAUUGCCACUGGCAGAACUAGAUAAUGCUGCCUUGUGCUUGGGAUGGUGCUGUGCCGCAUGGGAGCCUUUAGCUUGGGAAACCCAUGUUCCCGGUGGGCUGUGCAGGAAGGAGGUAAUGGCCUCGCUGGGAUAACUCUUAGGCUCACCUCCAACUGUCUCUCUGUUGCUCUGGCAGAUUAUCCUGCGAGUCUGGACAAGUAUGCAGCCACCUUUCCUGGAGCCCUGAGGCUGUGCUUGGUAGCAGCUUGUCUGGAGCGUGUUGCAGGGGAGGAUUCGGUGAUCUAAAAGUCUGCUCUGGCCCCGGGAGCAAGAACCAGCCUCCCGAAGCUGGGACGUGCACAGGGAAGGCAGUCUAGGAUGAGCAUAAACUGUGUUUUAGCCCCAGGAUGUCGGACCGUUUGCUCGAAGCCUUUGGGAAUGAGGGUGUCUGAGCCCUUCAGACUCCGAGGGUAGAGGAGAAAAUCAGAUGUUAAAGCAAGAACAUUGCUGUUUUGGUUUCUGCACCUCCGCAGCAUCUCCCAUCAGUCAGGUCCCCCUCCUUUUCCUAGACUGUUUCUUCCCCCUUUUACUUUGUUCUCCCUCUAAUUCCCUUCCUCCCCCAUUUCAUUAAGGAUCCUUCCACACUGCCUCCCUUGCUGUCUCAUUUCAAUAAUAAUGGCUUCUUAAGAGGCGCUCCAGCUCACCUGUACUCUUUAAUUAGCCCCGCUGGUGCGUAGGGGAGCUUGUGGCUGCUUAGCUGGGGGUAGAGACACCAAGUGAACAGCCCCCAGCAUUUCAGUGCCGGCUGCGACACGAGUGACUUCAGAAAGGUGUUUUGAUCGGUGCCUGGUUAAACACUGCGGCAGCAAGCGGCACAUCCAUGUCAUCUUGAAUCUGAGACAUCUUUAGCUCUCUGGCACAGCAGAAAAGCCUCUCCCCCCCGCCCCUCCCCGGCAAACGUUCACAAAGAGAAAAAUCAGAAAGUGAUAAUUACAGAGUAACGGUAAUUAUUAAAUAGAGCCCAAUUAUAGUCAAGUUACAGCAUAAUCAGCGUGGGAGGGGAGCAGAGCUCAGCGUAUCUGCAAGGUCGACGCUUGGAUUUUUUUCUGGGGAAGCACGGAUAAGACUCAACUUCAUUUCUAAGCAUCUCCCCGCGUGGCGGUGGUGGCCAGUUGUCAAAGCUGGGACGGUCUCGGGGCUUUUCAGCUCUGGGAGGGCGGUAGAGCCUAACUCAGAGCAGGAGUUGCUGUUCUGAGAUGGGGGCGAUCACCCGGCCUGUUUCUAGGAGGCCCAACGCGACUGAUUUCGCUUGAACGUCGCUGCGAUAUGUGUAAUGAUUUCCCAGACUAAAAGCAGGUGUUGCGGCACGUGUGUGGCUGUGCUUUACUUCGGGACUCCUGGCGUGGUGGCGAGGAGGAGUGAGAAUACCCAGCUUUUUUUUUUUUCCCAAAGCAGAACUGUCCUGGCCUCCCUGGUUUUGAAGAGUUUACUGAUGCUCGUCUUGUGGCAAAGUUCUGGGGCUUAAUCCAUGACUAUUUGUAAAGCGAGCGGAGGAAAAACAAGUAGCUUGAUGUACUGCUGUUAUCAAUGAUACCAUUCGAUGAUGAUGAUGAUAACCACUCUACGAUGAGUUGCAGGGUGAACCUGCAAAAGAAAGACAGUGAAGAGGGUGAAACGAUCCUUUUUUUUGUCCAGUUGUCUGCAUUUAAUCUGCUGCACCGGUCCCUGGCUCCGGAGCACUGGGGCUGUCCUCGAUGAACGGUGCAGUGCGCCAGCCCCCUCGGCUGGACCUUUUACUGUGAUUCGUGCCCUGGCCGGGCACAUGGGUGGCUGAAUCCGUCCUGGCAUCGGCAUCGGGGAAAAACGAGGUGGUGACAAUGAGCUACACCAAAAAUUGCCAGGUUACGAAACAGGCUUCUGCACAUUGCACACCUUCUGUGGUCAGUCUGGCAAAUGGACAACGGCUCCAAGAUGGUGUGGCUUGGGCUUGCUUGGGCAAAAAUAUACCUUGUUGAUCUUGCUUCAGCAUGGGUUUCUUUUUCUUUUUUUUUCCUGCUAUGGGUUUCUUUUUCCUUUUUCUUUCCUGCUGUGGGUUUCCUGCACAGGUGUCCUCUGCUGUCCCACCGAGGAGCAUCCUCCUCCGAGCAUCCUUGCGCAGCUACUGCUGCAUCCCUGCCCGAAUUUCAGAGCUGAGCGUAAUGAAUCCCUACGUGGGGCUGAUCCCGGCGCAGGGGCUGUGGGCCGCGACUCGUGUGUGCUGUUGCUUAGCUCUGCUCCUGCCCGGUAAUCCCGGGUAGACCAGUUUGCUUUCUGGAGCUGUUUUUCACCGUGGGUGAACUGGGGGCAGCGAUGUUGGCUCACAGGUUGAGAAGACGGGUGGUUUUUCAGGCUGUCAGCGCUGAGCAGUCUAGAUAAGAAUAAAAUGAGUAAAUAGGAGUUCAAAUCCAAUUUAACGCGAGCUUAAUUGUGGAGUAAAGUAACAAACUGGCAUCUUUAAUGCUCUGAGUGUCCCUCAGCUGCUGUGGAGGCACCGGGGCCCCAACAUUUUCUCAUUAGGUGCCUGGUUAUGUGAAGAGAGAGAUCAUUAACUAGGGAGAGGUAUCCGGGACCCAUCAGGCACAACUCAAGUGUCCAAAGCCCCCGGAUACCCAGAGACUAGGGUAAAAGGAGCAUUAAAAUCUCAAUUUAAAUGGAAAUUGGAGGCUGCUCCUGAGAGAGAAAGGGCAGCAGCAGCUGGCAGCCGAUGGGACUCGUGCUGCGACGUGGAGGUGAGCUGUUGGGCUGGCCAGGACUCGGCUCCCAACCUGGGGAAGCGCGUGUUUGGGGAGGGAGGACCCGAAGGGCAGCCGGCUGGGGACAGAGAGGACACCCUGUCCUGGCACAGGGGCUCUGAGCUGCCCCUGGCCCCUGCUCUGGUCAGCUCUUGGGCCCCACUGCUGUGCUUUGCCCUCUCUUCUACCUCC